AGCCACGUCGCUCUCCACUCGCCAUUUUCCCCUCUUUACCCGAGCCAAAACCCCUAUUUUUUUACUAGCGUCACGUUUGCUCACACCUUAAACAGGUGGAAGAAGGGGGGUACUGUUUCCGGACAGUAACGGAGUUCAUCUAAGAGCUUUCAGAUAGGUCGGCUACUGAGGGGGCUUCCUCCAACAUGAACAUCUUCAGGCUAACCGGCGACCUGUCCCACUUAGCAGCCAUCAUCAUUCUGUUGCUAAAAAUAUGGAAAACCAGGUCUUGUGCCGGUAUCUCUGGAAAGAGUCAGGUCCUGUUUGCCUUGGUGUUCACCACUCGCUACCUGGACCUGCUCACAGCCUUCAUCUCCCUUUACAACACCACCAUGAAGAUCAUCUACAUCGGGUGUGCUUAUGCCACCGUCUACCUGAUCUACAUGAAGUUCAAGGCGACCUAUGAUGGCAACCAUGACACCUUCAGAGUGGAGUUCCUGGUGGUCCCUGUGGGAGGGCUGGCUUUCUUGGUCAACCAUGACUUCUCUCCUCUGGAGAUCCUGUGGACAUUUUCCAUCUACCUGGAGUCUGUGGCCAUCCUCCCACAGCUCUUCAUGAUCAGUAAAACAGGAGAGGCGGAGACCAUCACCACCCAUUAUCUGUUCUUUCUAGGCCUCUACAGGGCCCUCUACCUCAUCAACUGGAUAUGGAGGUUCUACUUUGAAGGAUUCUUUGAUAUGAUUGCCAUUGUGGCCGGAGUGGUGCAGACUAUCCUCUACUGCGAUUUCUUCUAUUUGUAUGUAACAAAAGUACUUAAAGGAAAGAAGCUGAGUCUGCCAGCCUAAGCGCCAAACGGAAGCGUCUCAGCAGAUUAGGAGCGAGGAGAGGAGGAAAAGCAUGGGACAUCUUUGGAGACAAAGAUCUAAAAAAAAAAAUAAAAACGAAUAACUACAAUGAAACCACGUCCCCUCUCUCCUUCACCUCCUCUUCCUCUCCAGUGUAAGAUGCCUGAGACAGAGAGAUGCUCUGGAGCUGCUGACGGCCCCUCUCGAUUCUGAAUUGGUGGACUGCAGAUUUCUGUUUGAAGCAUCUUGCCUUAACAUUUUUUUAUUGCUUGGUAUAAAAGGGAGAAAAGCAGUUCAUGUUUUCUAUGUAAGUGUUUAAUUGGCAGGUAAGAGGCGAAGAUGUAAAAUUGCUGAGAUUAGGAAAUGUCUGUUAAUAAAAUGGACUUCUUGUACUGGGAUAAUAAACUUUGUAAUAUUUACAAUGAAAACAUGUUUUUCAUAAAAUAAUUUGGAAGAUUUGUUGAAUCCUUUAAAAUGUUAAUGUUUUUCCUCCCUCUUUUUAAAGUUUUACAUUCCUGAUUGUAAAGUUCCUCCUGAAAUAUAAAUGCAAUACAUCUCAAUACUUUGUCCAAAAGAAGAAAAAAAACGAAACAAAUCCAAAUAUGUUUGUUCAGAUUUUAUCGGAACGGAUUUCUGUAUUUUAACUCUCCAUAUUAAAGGCUUAUGAAGAGCGAACACAGGAAAGACGUGUAAAAAGAGACCAGUUAACUCAUUUCUGUAAAUGAUUUUUUUUUUCACAUGCUACUUUCAUUAAGCACACCAUGUCACAUGUGAUUAAACUAUAUUGCCAAGCUUGUUUAUUUCAGAAAGUUGUUUUUUUUAUGCCAAAAGUCAAGCUUAUGUGCUGUAUGUGAAGCCUCACUACAGAAAGUUUCCAUCUUUUAGAUGCUGAUGUAUUUAUUUUUUUUUUUUGUUGCUGAUUCCAAUAAACAGUCCAGA